AUGUCUAUGUUUGAUAAGUUUAAAGAACAAGCUUCUAAAGCAGCCAAAAGUGCAAGUAAUUUGAGUCAAAAUGCUGUUCGUCAAGUAAGUGACAUGGCAGCAAAUGCAGGAGGCCCUAAUUUCAAUAGUCCGUUUCCUCGUAAUUUAAGUGAAGAAUGUGCCAAGGCUUCAAGAAUCCUUGAACAAUUUAUUAACAAAGAUGAAAUUGAAAAUGGAUUUGAUACAAUUAUACCUGUUUCAGUUAUAAAAGAAGCAAAAGGUCUUGCCAUUUUUACCAUUGUAAAAGCUGGAUUUUUAUGGAGUGGACGUGCAGGUAGUGGUGUUGUUGUUGCAAGAUUGCCUGAUGGAAGAUGGAGCGCACCUUCAGCUAUCAUGACAGGUGGCGUUGGUUUUGGUGCCCAAAUUGGUGCUGAUCUAACCGAUUCUGUUUUGAUUUUAAAUAGUGAAGAAGCAGUGCGUGCCUUUUCUCAAGGAGGUAAUCUCACGAUAGGCGGUAAUUUAUCUGUUAGUGCAGGCCCGAUUGGUGCUGGUGGUGAAGCAUCUAUUACAGGAGAUAUAAAGGAUAAAAAGGUAGCACCUGUCUUUGCUUAUACAAAAUCAAAGGGUCUCUUUGCUGGUAUGAGCAUUGAAGGCACAGGUCUCGUAGAAUUAACUCGUGCAAAUACAAAUUUCUAUGGUAAACCUAUACGUGCUGAUGCUAUUUUAAGAGGUGAAAUUGAGCCUCCUAUUGAAGCUCAAGUUUUAUAUAAUACAAUUCAAAAGGCUGAAAAUCGUGAUCCUUAUUAA